AUGCCCACCACUUCGUCUUCAAGCUCGACUUCGGCCGAGCGGCAGCCGUUGCUGAUGCGACGCACGUUCAGCCACGAGAUCGAGGCAGAGCCGGUGUACGCCUGCAUCGCAAAUCCGCACUCGCACCUGCCGGUCUACACCAACAUCCACCGCAUCCGGCGCGACAUUGUCGCCGUUGUGGAGGACUAUCUCUCGGCUGAACAGCUACGGGACAUGCGUAUCAACAUCUCAGUGAUCCGGCCACUGGUCGACAAGCUAUACGAACUGGACGACAUCUCCAUCGUCUACUGUCUCCUCGUCAACCGGGCCCAGUUUCUCUACGAGCAGUCGGGCAACAAGAACCGGCAAAACGUCAACUUCACGCGGGCAGCCCUCUGCGAGCUGAUCGCCCACCGGAUCCUCCGCCGCUUCAGCGAGGACAACGACGGCGUGGCCGGACUGCUGGUGCUCUCGCACAUUCUCGUAGCCGGCUUCGAGCCGUUCCAGAACGCGCCUGACUCGGUCCGACAGGAGGCUUCCCAGUCCGAGUCUUGGCUGUACAGCCGCACGCUGCCGGCGCUCGAGGUGGCCAUUCUGAGCGAGAGCAAGCUCUUUCUCAGCUCGACGGCUUGCCAAAAGGUCAUCGACGCCAUUUACGUCGGCCGGGUCACGUACACGCCUUCCAGCUUCAUCGACAUCAUUCCCGACCACUACAAGCAGAAACCGAUCGCACUUUACGACCCGCGCGAGGCCUCGCUGCUCAACCAGUACCGCCUGAUCGUGCCGCGGACGCGCAACAUCCUCGAGACGCUGCAGUUCAGCGUGCUGCUGGGCCUCUAUCUUUGCUUCAUGGCCGAGCGUGACGCCUCCCGCUACAGCAAGCUCGAGAUCGCCUUUGCCAUCUUCUCCUUCGGCUGGGUGCUCGAUCAGUUCGCCACCAUCCUCGAGCACGGCUGGCACGUCUACACGCAGAACCUGUGGUCCUUUCUCGACGUCAUCUACGCCGCUGUUUACUGGUCCUAUCUCGUGCUCCGGCUGCACGGCUGGCGCAUCGGCUCGCUCGAGUACGGUCAGCAGGCUCUCGACGCCCUGGCCAUGGCGGCGCCCGUGCUGAUCCCGCGCAUCGCCUUCACUGCCAUGUCCGACAACCUGCUGUUUGUGUCGCUGCGGUCCAUGGUCGCCGACUUCACCCUGCUGACCGCCCUGGCCAUGUGGUGCUUCGCCGGCUUUCUGCUCUCGCUCGCCUGGCUGGGUGAGGGCCAGCAUCCCAUCGUGACCAUCACCAAGUGGAUGGUCUACAUCUGGUUCGGCCUUGACGGCACCGGUAUCCAGCGGUCCACCGAGUUCCACUGGCUGCUGGGACCCAUUCUCAUGAUCGCCUUUGCCUUUCUCGGCAACACCCUCUUCCUGACGAUCCUGGUGUCCAUGCUAUCCAACACCUUCAGCACCAUCGUGUCCAAUGCCACCGCCGAGAUCCAGUACCGUCGCGCUGUGCUGACACUCGAGGGUGUUAAGAGCGAUGCCAUCUUUGCCUACCAGCCGCCCUUCAACAUCUUGGCCCUCUUCAUCCUGGUCCCGCUCAAAUUUCUCGUGUCGCCACGCUGGUUCCACAAGAUUCACGUCGCCUGCGUCCGUACCAUCAACCUUCCCGUCCUUCUGUUCAUCGCCAUCGCUGAGCGUCGAUUGCUGUGGCCGGCUUCGUACGGCGAAGCGUCCAGGACCGCCACGCCAUCACGCCGCUCGUUCUGGGACGCCUGGCGCAUCACAGUGCACGGCGACAUCCGCGCCGUCUUCGACCUGCCGCCGCCAGAUUCUGUCGAGGACGAGAUCGCGGCUGACGACGACCUGACGCACCAUCUGAUCCGCCGCCAGUUUGUUCGGCCGCCGCAGGUCGUUGCUGACGUCAGGGGCCUCAACCACGAAUCUCGUCGGACGUCUGCAGCUCCCUCCAGCGACAUUGUCAGUGGGAAAGACGGUCCUGACGGAAGCACUGGCGACGAAUCCGGAACCGGCCGGCUGUCUGUGGUCAGGUUUGCCGAAAGCGCUGAUCUACCGCCAUCAGAACCCCGCAAGCGCUCACCACCACCGACGGCGUUAGCACCGCCUCCGACUUUGCGACACAAGCAUGGCGUCAGUCGGCGGGACAGUAUCGCUUUGCCGGGACUUGAUCCGGACAAAUUGCGGACGCUUCUGGACGAGUCCGACGCGGACGUGGGCCGGGACACAAACAUGGACGGGGACAUGCAUUCGGACGGGACGAGUAUAAACUUUGGUAGCAGUCGUGAUAGGCGGCUGACCGGAAUGCAUCGGCGGCUGGGCGAGCUGGAGGAAUCCAUGGCCCGCAUCGAGAGCAUGCUCGGCCAACUGAUCAAGCAGACCAGCAGCCCAGACGAAGACCAAGACGUGGAAAGGGCACACGAAGUCGAAGAAGAGGUCAUUGACGAUGGAGAGAUGAGCGAUGCCGAGCAAACAGGCUCCAUCGCAGAUUUGGACUUGACAACCACCACAUAG